AUGGGGGGUCGUGACAGCGCUAAUGCCAGAACACCUGUCGUAUUAAACAGCUGCUCUCACUGUGGCAACAGCACUGACACCAUGAGCUCGUCUUGCAAUUGGCACGACAACAGUUCGAUCGGGAACAUCAGUUACGAACCUGAAACAGGCAUCUUCUUUAUUUUUAAUUUACCUGAUGCAUUUAUUUAUGGCAAAAAAUCUAUCUAUCUAUCUAUCUAUCUAUCUAUCUAUCUAUCUAUCUGUCUGUCUAUCUAUCUAUCUCUCUCUCACUCUCUCUCUCUCUCUAUCUAUCUAUCUAUCUAUCUAUAUAUAUAUAUAUAUAUAUAUAUAUAUAUAUAUAUGAAGAAAUAUAGUCUUAAGAAGUGCGAAGAGAAAAAUACUCGUUGCCACUCCACUGCAUAUCAAAGCGCACUUACCCCACUCUACGGAUAUUCCCAAGGCAUUUUCUUUUUUUUUAAUUUACCUGAUGCAUUUAUUUAUGGCAAAAUCUAUAUGUAUAUAUCCAUCUAUUUUAUCUCCCACUCUGACUAUCUGACUAUCUAUCUAUCUAUCUAUCUAUCUAUAUUCUAUUCAUAUAUAUCUCAGUCUUUUCCUAUCUUACUUAACCGCGACUACGGAUAUUCCCAAAGCAUCACUAUUUUUUUAAAAUUUACUUUAUCUAUUUAUUCAUUUCAAUAUCUAUUUAAUAUCCAUCUAUUUAUUCACAUUUCUCUCUCUCUCUCUCUCUCUCUCUCUCUCUCUCUCUCUCUCUCUCUCUCUAUCUAUCUAUCUAUCUAUCUAUCCGAAUCAAUUCAUAUAUAUCUCAGUCCCUUUCUUAUUUACCAUCGACUACGGAUAUUUCCAAGGCAUCAUUUUCAAAAAUUUACUCGACGUAUUUAUUUAUGGCAAAACAUGUCUGUAUAUAUCCAUCUAUUUGUGCGUCUGGUUAUCUAUCUAUCUAUCUAUCUAUCUAUCUAUCUGUGCAUCCCUUUCUUAAAUUACUCUAUAAACAAUAAGUCGCACUGGUCAAUCGCUAUUCUUCAGUCCACCAAUUCUAAUCAUCUCUCAACAUCCCUCCCUCACUAUAGCUCCCUCUCUAUAGGUGAUACUGAGUCUUUCUUUCAUUCACCCGCUACCUAUAUCUCCAUCCAGAAUGUGGGUAGACAGGUUCCGGCCGUGAUGAUAUCGUUAAAGUAUUGCAGAUUUAGCUUUCUUUUGGUUGUGACCAACUGCUUCUCCGUUACCCUCACCUCCAGGACCGACUCGUUUGAUUCUGUGGUCCGUUCGUAA